CACAGCCUGCUCCAGCACCACCACCGCUUUUCGCCUCUGGCCACCCCUGGCAGACGUGUCAGGCCCAGAAACAGUGUCCAGUGAGCAGCAUGGCUACAAAAUGUGGCAAGUGUGGACCUGGCUACUCCACCCCGCUGGAGGCCAUGAAAGGGCCCAGGGAGGAGAUUGUCUACCUGCCGUGCAUCUACCGAAACACUGCCACAGACGCCCCAGAUUACCUGGCCACUGUGGACGUGGACCCCAAGUCUCCUCAAUACUGCCAGGUCAUCCACCGGCUGCCCAUGCCCCACCUCAAAGACGAGCUGCACCACUCGGGCUGGAACACAUGCAGCAGCUGCUUCGGAGACAGCAGCAAGGCCCGCACCAAGCUGGUGCUGCCCAGCCUCAUCUCCUCCCGCGUCUACGUGGUGGACGUGGGCUCCGAGCCCCGAGCACCCAAGCUGCACAAGGUCAUCGAACCCAGUGACAUCCAUGCCAAGUGUGACCUGGGCUACCUCCACACCAGCCACUGCCUGGCCAGUGGGGAGGUGAUGAUCAGUGCCCUGGGGGAUCCCCAGGGCAACAGCAAAGGGGGCUUCGUGCUGCUGGAUGGAGACACGUUCGAGGUGAAGGGGACCUGGGAGAAGCCAGGAGGCGCUGCGCCCAUGGGUUACGACUUCUGGUACCAGCCACGCCAUAAUGUCAUGAUCAGCACAGAGUGGGCUGCUCCCAAUGUCAUCCGCGAUGGCUUCAACCCCGCAGACGUGCAAGCAGGGAAGUAUGGCAGCUGCCUGCACGUGUGGGACUGGCAGCGCCAUGAGAUCAUACAGACGGUGCCUCUGCAGGAUGGGCUCAUCCCACUGGAGAUCCGCUUCCUGCACAACCCGGCCGCAGCUCAGGGUUUCGUGGGCUGUGCCCUCAGCUCCAACAUCCAGCGCUUCUACAAGAACCAGGGUGGCACAUGGUCAGUGGAGAAAGUCAUCCAGGUGCCGCCCAAGAAGGUGAAAGGCUGGAUGCUGCCAGAGAUGCCAGGUCUCAUCACUGACAUCCUGUUGUCCCUGGAUGACCGCUUCCUCUACUUCAGCAACUGGCUUCACGGGGAUGUGCGCCAGUAUGACAUCUCCGACCCACAGCAUCCCCGCCUCACUGGGCAGCUCUUCAUCGGAGGCAGCAUUGCCAAGGGGGGCCCCGUGCAGGUACUGGAGGACCAGGAGCUGAAAUCCCAGCCGGAGGCCCUGGUGGUCCAGGGGAAACGAGUGCCCGGAGGCCCUCAGAUGAUCCAGCUCAGCCUGGAUGGGAAGCGCCUGUACGUCACCACGUCACUGUACAGCGCCUGGGACAAGCAGUUCUACCCUGAUCUCAUCAGGGAAGGCUCUGUGAUGCUGCAGGUGGACGUGGACACGGUGAACGGAGGGUUGAAGCUGAACCCCAACUUCCUGGUGGAUUUUGGAAAGGAGCCCCUUGGGCCGGCCCUGGCCCACGAGCUCCGCUAUCCUGGGGGUGACUGCAGCUCAGACAUCUGGCUUUAAAACCCCCCCGCAGCCUUAUCCGUGCACUCACACUGCCCUCCCGGCCCUGCCUCUGCGGCCCCACUGCUCUGUGACCGCUUGUCCCCUUUACACAUACGCUCUUAGGACCAAUCACCCCAAAUAAACUGCUGA